GUACAGCGGACGGUAACAAAGAUGGUGCAACGUUUUACGAGCAAAUGCGUUACAACGAUCGGUGGUAUCAGUUGGGGAAUUUUGUCUAUGUGUAUAACCCACUCAUAAAUCGCACCGUGAUACUCCGGAUUGAUAAAUUGUGGAAAACUUCCGAUGGUGAUGGUUUUUUCUCGGGUCCGUAUUUUGCCCGUCCGGAAGAAAUAAAGCACGAGCCGGCGCGGAUGUUCUAUAAGCAGGAAGUGUAUGCGGUGGAGCAACCGGAUGUAAACGUACCGCUGGAAAAUGUACAAGGAUUCUGCUCAGUUAUGCACAUUAAAGAAUAUACCAAGGGGCGACCGACCGAAAUUGAUGAAUGCGACGUGUAUGUGGUGGAAAGAAAAGUGUGGGGCCGUGAAACCGGAAACAAUAAGUGCACAAUAACUGGUUCCAAAACGAUAACACUGUCCAGACAGACCACUGCUGCAAGCGACAGGAAGUCAUCGGCAGCAGUGGAUGCUGUUGCAACCGAACAGAUAACAUCACACGAUGGCUCAGAGCCGACAGGGACAACAAGUACCGAUGACGUUCAUUCGAAUAUUCCAUGUACCUCGAAGGAUGUAUCGGAGCAGCAGCAGCAAGUGGAAACACGUACCGGACAAGCAUCGGUUGCUUCACAGGAUGAUGAUACUGCAUCCACAACCGACACACAUGUGCGCGAAAAUGAUGUGGAACCGAUGAAUGAUGCAUUUUCCAAGAAACUUAAGCUUAAACUGAAGGUAUGUGUUAUUAAUGAAUUAUAUUCACUCACCUCGUUAGUUAUCUCUUUCCGCCUCCUCUUGUUGCUGAACCCCUCUGUAUUUGUUUCGCCAUUUGAAGGCCUAAAGAUCUGGUCCUUCUACUAA